AUGGUCGCCAUUGCUGCUCAAUUAACUGCUGAAGCCUAUCCAAAGGUUCACAGAAAUCCAGACUAUAAAGUCUUAAACGAUGAAGAUUUGAAAUUCUUCCAUUCUAUCUUAGAUGACGAUGAAAUCAUCGAGGCUAACGGUGAUGACUUAGUCACUUACAACCAGGAUUGGAUGAACAAAUACAGAGGUCAAUCGAAUUUGGUUCUUCUACCAAAAUCUACCGAAAAGGUCUCUAAAAUUAUGAAAUAUUGUAACGAACAUAAAUUGGCUGUUGUCCCACAAGGUGGUAACACCGAUUUGGUCGGUGCCUCUGUCCCAGUGUUCGACGAAAUCAUUUUGUCUCUAAGACAAAUGAACAAGGUUAGAGAAUUCGACCCAGUCUCUGGUGCUUUCAAAUGUGAUGCUGGUGUUGUCAUGCGUGAUGCUCAUCAAUUCUUAAGCGAUAACGACCACAUUUUCCCAUUGGAUUUGCCAUCUAGAAACGCUUGUCAAGUCGGUGGUGUUGUCUCUACUAACGCCGGUGGUCUAAAUCUGUUAAGAUACGGUUCUUUACACGGUAACGUUCUUGGUCUAGAGGUCGUCUUACCAAAUGGUGAAAUUAUUAGUAACAUUGAUGCUUUGAGAAAGGAUAACACCGGUUACGAUUUGAAACAAUUGUUUAUUGGUGCUGAAGGUACCAUUGGUGUCAUUACCGGUGUCUCUAUCCUAGCUGCUCCAAAGCCAAAGGCCCUAAACAAUACUUUCAUUGGUCUGGAGAGUUUCGAUAUUGUUCAAGAUUUGUUUGUUAAGGCUAAGAAGGAACUUUCUGAAAUCUUAUCUGCUUUUGAAUUCAUGGAUAAUGGUUCCAUUAAAUGUACCAUUGAAUACUUGAAAGAUGAACCAUUCUUAUUGAAGAAACAACAUCCAUUCUAUGUCUUGAUUGAAACUUCUGGUUCUAACCAACAACAUGAUCAAGAAAAAUUGAGUGCUUUCAUUAAGAGUGCCCUUGAAGAAAAAUUGAUCUCUGAAUCUCACAUGGCUGCUGACAUUGACGAAUAUAACAAGAUCUGGACUUGGAGAAAAUCUGUUCCACCUGCUUGUAACUCCUACGGUGGUAUGUACAAAUACGAUAUGUCCCUAAAGUUGAAGGACUUAUACUCUGUCUCCGAUGCUGUCACCAAGAGAUUAAACGCUGCUGGUUUGAUCGGUGAUGCUCCAAAGCCAAUUGUUGCUUCUGUCGGUUACGGUCAUGUCGGUGAUGGUAACAUUCAUUUGAAUAUUGCCGUUAGAGAAUUCACUAAGCAAAUCGAAGAUUUAUUGGAACCAUUCGUUUACGAAUACAUUCAAUCCAAGAAGGGUUCUAUCAGUGCUGAGCACGGUAUUGGUUUCCACAAGCACGGCCAUUUACAUUACUCUAGAAGUGAAAUCGAAAUUAGAUUCAUGAAGGAAAUCAAGAAGCAUUAUGAUCCAAACGCUAUCUUGAACCCAUACAAGUACGUGUAA